GCUUCCAGGGCUAGAGCGGAAAAGAAACAGGAAGUAGGUUGUAAACCAAAGAAUGUGAGUUAAUGGAUGAAACUCGGAGCUGCGGACAGUUUGAGUUGUUUUUUCCGCCAUGAGAAGAGUCACUCUGUUCGUUAACGGAACCUCCUCUAACGGAAAGGUGGUGGCCGUGUACGGGUCCCUGGAGGACCUGCUGUCUGCGGCCAGCUCCAAACUGGGAAUAAGAGCCUCUAGUGUUUAUAACGGGAACGGCGGCCUCAUAGAUGACAUCACGUUAAUCAGAGAUGAUGACGUGCUCUACGUAUCAGAGGAAGAUUCAAUCGAAGACCCUCAGGACGACCUCCCAGGCCCUGAGAAGGAUCAGACUCACACUGAUUGGCUGACGCUCAACGUCGGUGGACGCUGCUUCACCACCACCAGGAGCACGCUGGUCAGCAAGGAGCCGGAGAGCAUGUUGGCCCACAUGUUCAGAGACAAAGACGUGUGGGGGAACAAGCAGGACUCUCAGGGGGCGUACCUGAUAGACCGCAGUCCGGACUACUUUGAACCCAUCCUGAAUUAUCUGAGACACGGACAGCUCAUCAUCAACGAAGGCAUCAACCCUCUGGGUGUUCUGGAAGAGGCUCGAUUCUUUGGUAUCGAACAGCUGGCCGAGCAGCUGGAGACGCUCAUAAAGUCCUCUCAGCCUCCUGAUGACCACUCGCCUCUGAGCCGCAAGGAGUUCAUCAGGUACCUGCUGGCGACGACGACCAAGUCCGAGCUGCGGUGUCAGGGUCUGAACUUCACCGGGGCAGAUCUGUCUCGGCUGGAUUUGCGCUACAUCAACUUCAAGAUGGCCAACCUGAGAGGAGCCAACCUGACCCACGCCAACCUGAGCGGGGCCAACCUGGAGAGAGCAGACCUGUCCAUGGCCUGUCUCGAUGCAGCCAACCUUCAGGGUGUGAAGAUGCUGUGCACCAACGCUGAGGGAGCGUCACUGAGAGGCUGUAACUUUGAAGAUCCUGCGGGAAUCAAAGCCAACCUGGAGGGAGCCAACCUGAAGGGUGUGGACAUGGAGGGGAGUCAGAUGACGGGGAUCAACCUGAGGGUCGCCACGCUGAAAAACGCCAAACUGAAGAACUGUAACCUGAGAGGAGCGACGCUGGCGGGGACCGACCUGGAGAACUGUGACCUGUCAGGAUGUGACCUUCAGGAGGCGAACCUGAGAGGCUCCAACGUGAAGGGCGCCAUCUUCGAGGAGAUGCUGACUCCUCUGCACAUGUCUCAGAGUGUGCGGUAAAACAAAACACCACCUUGAGUCCUCCACAUCGUGCUUUAAAUCACCACAUACACUCCCAGCAGAGAGGAGCUGACGAGUGUGUUUCAUGAUCCGACAAACGAGACGAAGAGUGAGUGAAUUGUGGGUUCACAAACAAAUAUGGUUUUGAACGAUCUCAUGGUGUCGCCUGAGGCCAGUCAGGAGUCGUAUCUGUUUGUGUAAACAUAAUUUUCUCACAAAUUGUCGUACACAUUUAUUAAUCUUGUCUUGUCUUUGUUUAUUCUUUUUUUUUUUCAAAAAUUAUUUUUCCGGCAUUUCUGCUUUUGUUAAAGGGAUAGUGCACCCAAAAAUGAAGUGACGGCGCCCCAGAUUCUAACGUCCAAAAACACAUAAUUGAAACCACAAAAUAUCUCCAUACUGCUCGUCCGUAGUGAUCCAAGUGUCCUGAAGCCCCGACAUAAAAAGUUGUUUGGAAAAACGUCAUUUGAACUCUCUGUGCACCGCAUUCCGCAUUCACGUGUGUGUGCUUGCGCAAGACCGUGAGACAUGGGCACCGCCUUCAUGUGUGUUCAUGUGCUUUCGCUGGUCUUGUGUGCAGUUGUGUUGCUACCUCCUCUCCCCUUGGAUCUCUGCAAGUGAUGUGAGGACUCUAAAACUUCACCCGAGCCUCCCUCGGCAUAUGGGUGAGUAGAUAAUGGCUGAAUUUACAUUUUUGGGUGCACUAUCCCUUUAAGGCCAAAACACACCACAGGCAAAUCGCGCGCGUCAAAAAACACGGCCCUUAUUUUCAAGACAGCAGAGCACGUUGGCGCUCCUGGACACACCACCUCACGGCACUAAACACCAAUGUCCUAUUUCCAACCUCGACGCCCCCCUAAUUACAUGCGUUAUUCGCCCCACUCACUCCCUGCUGCUCUUCUUCUCUGCUCCUGUAGCAGCUCGACUCCUCUCCUCACCACGGAUGUAAGAGAACUCUGUUGCUGUGUCUCAAACAACCCACAGUCCCGUCAUUGUAAAGACAGUGGUCAAAAAGAUCCUUCCUGUGGAGUCACAUCUCUGGAGAUUGGCUCUUAGGUUAGAAAUCAAGUUUAAUUAUAGCUGCUGCGCAACAAUGAGUCCGGGCAUUUUUAGGCAAUUCUGAGCAACCUCUGGAACCUAAGACAGUCAUCUACUGAUCUGAGCUAAUUGGCAAGUAGCAACUCAACAGUGGCUUCACAAACUGAGUAAGCCAUUCACUGUUGUGUAGGAAAGCAGCCAUGCGUGCAUUGAAAGGCAGAUUUGAAACCACUGUAAAAAAUUCAGUUAUUAAGACAAAAAUCUGAAAAUACACAUAUUGCAUCUAGACAGCAUGGAGAUGUUGGUAAUUUGUUUGUAACAAUGAUUGAUUUGCUCCAUAAGUGAAAAACUGAUGUUUAAAAUUGCCAUUUUUACAUUGACUCCAAUUGUUCACUUUAGAGCAAAAUUCAAAAUGCUGUCAAAAAUUCAGUUUUUGAGAUAAAAUUCUGAAAUUUGUCACACACCAUCUACCAUGACUCUGGAAUUUUGUCUUUUUUUCAUGAACAUGAAGAUUUAUUUAGCAAGAAUUUGCAUGUAUAUGUUUACAGUACCGUUUACAGUCAAACAUUUUGAUGCACUGUAGGCUCAGUUUUUGAUAAAUCAAAAAUCUGAGAAACAUAGUUUGUGUAGGACAGUCUGAAGAUGCUCUGUAGCAAGUUUGGUGUCAAUUGAGCACAAAUUGUGGGAGGAUUUUUAAUAGGUUUAAAUGUACAAAAGUUUCUUCAGUAUUGGGGCUUGAGCCUUCAUACACAGGGUGUCCGCUCUAUGCGGCGAGCUAGUGAGCGCCCUUAUUAAUCUUGUUUUUAUUCUCUGGAUCAUGAAACACACUCGUCAGCAGUGUGCUCUCUGCACACACUCCUCUCUGAUGACGACCAGUGAAUGCCAAACUUUGUUUUUCGCUCUGAACCAAAAGCCAUCAAGUGUCAAACUGCUUCGAUUUUCUGCACGUCUGUUUGCAGAGGUCGAAGCGUCAUGUGUAACAGAGUCACAAACAUGUCUGAGUGCACAGCGACAACAGAAAAGGGGUUUUGUACAUUAACCAGUUAGUGACGCGCUUCUGAAUGUAGUUUUAGAUUGUUUAUAAAAAGAAUCUCUGUUCAACACAAGUUUCUGACACUCAUCACUUCUCUGAUGAGUCUUGUUUAAAUAUGGAAUCAGUGAAACGCUGAAACGUCUGAAACACUGAAUGUUUCUUCAGCUUCAAGCUAAAAAUCUCUUUUAUGACUGCAGCGAGCAGCAAAUAUUAAAGUUGACUGUGAUGAGAUGACGGAGAGACGUUGUCACAGAGGGACCAGUUUAGUUUCUGAUUGUUUGUUUUGUAAUUUUUUGAAAUGCCUUUAUUUUUUUUGCGGCUCGAAUAAGUUUCAAAUAAAUGUUAAAGUUUUGUUAAAUAUUAUUUUGUUUUCAUAGAAACACUCUCAGUGGUUCAUUUUUUACAUUUUGAAAGUUGUUAAUUUCCUUCAUCAUAUCAGCGCCUGCUGCUGGCGAGGGAUCGGCUCAGUCACCACAAGAAAAUGUCGCCGCUGUACAUUUCUGCAAACCAUUAAAAUGUUCUAUUUGUACGUUUCAUAUUUAUCGUAUCAACGUUUGUGACGUGACGCAGUACAUGAGCUGGCUGUCAUCUGUCCACAGUUUCCAGCAGCUUCUCCGCACCAUAAGAGGUAUUUUAAUCCAGUGGUUCCCAGCUGGAGGUCACAGGUCCACUCUGAGUGUCUCGCUAACGUGUCAAGCUUGUAAAAAACACACUUUAUUUCACAGUGAAUUUUGGGCACAGAGCUUUUAUUUAUUUUACUGUGAAGUGCCAUUUCCUGCUGUAGCGUGACUGACUAACGCACAGCUGAUCUGCAGUAAAUAAACCUGUGAGUCAGAUGUUUAUUAGAAGAUCAUAGAGAUUAAUAUGUUGUGUGUGGUCGUGAUGGUGACUCAUUAAACUGCUGUUUUUACACAUGAUGUUCGGCGUGCCAACAGGACGUGUGUAUUUUAGUUAAUGUCAGACCCUACUGAACGGUGGCGUUCACAUACUCUGUGUGUGUGUGUGUGUGUUUGUUGUCUUUAAGUUAAGAGUCAACGCACGUUACGUGUUAACUGGUGUGAAAUGUGAAACCACCGAGGUGCUAAACCUGAACUGUCCUCUCUGCUGUGCUGUGGUGACUUUAUCAUGUUAAAUAAAUGUUUUU